AUGGCGGAUAGCGCUCCGUCGGUCUGGUCCGGAUCCACUACGACGACUUACGAUUCAUCCAGCGAAGAUUCGCUUGCCAACAAACAAGGCGCCCCUCGACUAACGGACGAAGAGGAUCCGUUAAUACCAAACCCAGCCGAUGUUCACCGUACCUUCUGUGAUGGAAAGGCAACAUGGAAUGCUUUCUUGGAUGAAGCGAGCAGAAUACCUUCAGGUCUCUGGCCAGUAGAUGCACUGGACCCAUACAUCACUUUGGUAGACGUCCCAAGCCUUCCGGAACAUCUUCCUCGCAGCGCUUUUCUGUACGGCAGGCCUUGCUGGGAACUGCCCCUCGACAUCGGAGGGACAGUGCACGAACAACAUCCCGAUAGCAAUGUAGCCCUCGUCCACGGGUACCGAGCCGGGUUUCGAUUAGGGGUAGACAAACCACUCCGUUGCCACAUUCGCCCAGAUAUAGAGUCACGCGACUUAGGUAUUGGUUCGGAGACAACCAACAGCCUUGGUGUAUUGGUCAUGUGCUGGUCAUACAUCCUUUCAGUUCGACUUCUUGAAAUGCAAGGCCGACCGCGCCAAAGGGGAAGUGCGGUUGAUCUGGACCUCGAGGGUGCGUCACCCUCGCUCAUCAGGUGGCUUUGCGCGAUCCUCAGUCCCAAGAUGGGUUGGCGAGCCAUGGACCUAGGAAAACUACCUCCAUGGGCAACGUAUUUUAACACGGGUAUUAAAAUUAGCAUCAGAGCAUCAGACUCAGUCACAGACAUGCGUUUGCCUCCCACCUCUUCUGAAGCUACGGAGCUUCUCAUCGAACUAUGUCGACUAUUCAAUCUUGGUGCCGACUCAACAGGAGACUCCAGCCUCCAACCGAUGCCUCUCCACGAGGCGUCGUUCAUGGCCGCACUUGUAAUCCCCUUCUAUACCUUUAUGAGGCUCCAGCCCCGGCUCCCUCGUCCACAUCUCACUGGGCCACAGAAGAAUGGCACUUUCAGCUGUUCUCAUGAACAGAGCAUUCGAGGGUACCUCAGUGAUAUGCGAUAUUUCAUGGCCCUCAGCGCCUAUCCGCCUUCCAUUGGCACCAUUAUAUGGAGUAUCUUGUGGCAGCCGGACGUUGAUUGCAAUCUGGUUGGCCCGUGGCUCGCAGCCGUCUUGGACACGUUGGAGCCAGCACUUAUUCAGGAACAACUCGAGCUCAUAGCAAAAGUCUUUAUUUCCCGCCGACCUAGAGUUGCCAUUUGGUGGGUGGCUCUCUUCUUGUUGGGCGACCCUACUCUACUUAACUGGAUUCAACGAUAUACAAUGACAAUGGAAGAGAAGUACGGAUCCGGAUCACUAUCGCCACCAGAUCCGAUGGUGUCUGCCUGGACUGGAUCUAAGCAGUCAUUCAUGGAUCUUGACAAGGAUUCUCUCUAUACAGAACCCUCUGAUCAGGUAUCUAGAGCUGAUCUACUUCGGUGCCGCUUCGACCUUAAACUUCAGGACUCGGCCAGCGCAACGCUGGCAUGGCGACCCUUUGGAUACGUACAGAAGGGGCGGGUAGAACUCGAACUUUGGCCGCAACUCGAAACUAAGUAUACUCGCAAGUACCACUCAUUCACCUGGUACAUUAGGAAGAAAGCCAUCUCCGACAAGGGCUUUCGGGCAUGUACUGGGCGAAUGAUGAGCAGCAUGCCAGACAACUUGGAGAUGCGUACCUCGGCCGAGAAUGUGGAGAGAGAUCACCAAGCCAUCAGUGUCCGGCCGUCGAAAAAGUCCACCCUCAAAAUGAUGUCGUUUCUGGUAGAAGACGCCGCAGGUGGUCGUAACUGGGCGAAUGCUGAUAUGCCGGGAAAGCUUGAGCAGCACCGCUGGCUGCGCGAUUGGGAAGGCCUCUACAGCAUGGAUGAGGAAAUCGUGGAACCCGACGAGACGCCGACCAAGCCUGCAUCAUGGUUCCUUGAGGAAUGGAUUGAGGGCAAAUAUUAG